AUGAUCUUGAUGGAGAACAUUUCUGAGGUGACUGAAUUCAUUCUUGUGGGGUUAACAGAUGCCAAGAAGAUGCAGAUGCCUUUAUUUUUAAUCUUUACUCUCAUCUACUUCUUCACUCUGGUGGGCAACCUGGGCCUGAUCCUGUUGAUUCUGUUGGACUCUCGACUCCACACUCCCAUGUACUUUUUCCUCAGCAACCUCUUGCUGGUGGACUGUGUUUACUCCUCUGCUGUCACCCCCAAGGUCCUGGUGGGGCUUCUCCCAGGGGACAAGGUCAUACCCUCCAACGCAUGUGCAGCCCAGAUGUUCUUCUUUGCAGCCUUUGUCAUUACUGAAUGUUUCCUUCUAACCCUAAUGUCCUUUGACUGCUACAUUGCCAUGUGCAAGCCACUUCAUUAUACCACCACCAUGACGAGUACUGUGUGUGCCUUCCUCAUAGCUCGCUGCUAUAUUUGUGGGCUCUUGCAGUCAUCUCUCGAUGUUGUCUUCACCUUCUGCCUCUCCUUCUGCCAUUCUAAUGUUGUUAAUCACUUUUUCUGUGACAUUCCUCCACUGCUGGAACUCUCUUGCUCUGACAUUUCCACAAAUGAGAUUGUGACUUUCAAAAUGGCAGCUUUCAAUCUCUCUUGUUUUCUCCUGGUUAUUUUUAGUUCUUAUCUGCUGAUUUCUGUUGCUAUCCUGAGAAUGCAAUCAGCAGAGGGAUGGAGGAAGGCCUUUUCCACCUGUGCAUCCCACCUAACCACUGUAUGUAUCUUCUAUGGGACCAUUAUCUUCAUGUACUUGCAGCCCAACUCCAACCAUUCCAUGGAUACAGAUAAAAUGGCGUCUGUAUUCUACACCAUAAUCAUCCCUACACUGAACCCUCUGGUCUACAGCUUGAGGAACAAAGAAUUCAAGAGUGCCUUCAGUAAGGCGAUUGGAAAAACAAUGUCUUCCAUGGACAUCAUUUUUUAA